CAUCGACAUCAACACAAGACUUUUCAAGAAACCAAAAAAACUCUAUAACGGAGAGAAAACUAAAAAUGAAAUUUUGUAGCCAGAGGUUAUCGUUUCUAAUCGUCAUGAUCUUCCUUUUCUCCGGGCUUAUUUCCACUUCCGCCGGCCGCAAGCUCCCGCCUAGCAUGACGGCUACGGAGGAGUUCCAGCGAUUAAGUUUUGACGGCGAAAGAAUGUUAUCGGACGUGAGUACCGCCGAGAAGUAUGAUCGGAUCUACGGAGCUUCGGCCAGAUUAGUUCCCGACGGUCCUAACCCGCUUCACAACAAAUGAUAUAUAUCUAUUUUGUUGUAGUUACAAUUUUGUCGCCAUUAUACUAUAUUCAAAUUGUUUAGGGUUUUAUAUUUUAGAUUUGUUUCCCCCUUGUACCACCAAAUUCUCUUAUUUAAGUUCUUUUAGUUUCUUUAUUUUGUAGAUACAAAUGUAUCAUAGAUAUCAUAUACGUACAGAGACUUCUGUAACUUUUGUCUUUCUUUCAUAUUUAAUUACAUUUAUUUAAUACGAUCUUGAAAUUAAAAUA